AUGAAAACACCCCGUAUGGACCAGCCAGAGGACCAACAAAUGACGACCAAGCAAUGGUGCAAUGCGACAAAUGUCUUGUCUGGCAACAUACUGAGUGUGUUGGCUUCACAGAACGCUUGGAAGAAUACCAUUGCGAACGUUGCUCUCCUGUCAAACAUCUAUACAGACAAAUGGGCUUUCGAACGUGACAACGUCGAGUAUCUCGAGAAUACAAGUCAUAAGAAAUCCAAAACCAAAUAUGCUUCUCAUAACACAGAAGACGACAAGAGCACGAAACGACGCUCAAACCAACGUCCAAAAAAGCUUGAAGAAGCUUCAGCUAACUCGUCCCGUUUCAACCUUUCACAGCGACGUCCAAGCAAUACGUCUAAAGGCUUACACCCGAAGUCAUCACAUUCCAAAACGUCAGACCCCACAAGUCCUGCUGCUCAUAAACCGAAACGUAAGCCGUCACUAAGCUCGCUAAGUGAUGAAGACAAAGUGACAUCAAACGUAGGUAAGAGCAACCGUAAAAGUCAUGUAAAGAAGAAAUCUCGGCACACGGCCUCGUCUGAAGGUGACAGUCUAUCGGAAAUCGAAGAUUCGAUGGAAAUUGAUGACAUUGAGUUAGAAGAGAGUCAAAAUGAGGAUAAAGAGCAUGAGAAAACGGAAGAGAUGAAUAACGAAGACAUGGAAGAGCUGAAAGAAAGGGACAUGAAUAAGGAGAACGACGGAGAAAGGGACCAAGAUAAUGAAAAAGCAUACGAGAAGAUUAAUGAUAGACCACAAAAUAACAAGAAUGGAGAAAAGUCAGCAUACAAAAUGAGUAAUGAUGCUGGCAAGAAUGGAGAAACUAGUACGGAAAAGCCUCCUUACGUCUAUGAGAAGAACUUAGAUAGGCCUUUAAUAGAAGCGCACCAUCAUGAAGAGGAGUAUCAUGAACGCAAAGACAAUAAGAAGAAUAAGAAACGUUCUGCUCACAAAUCUUCUUCGGAUACGUUGUCAGUUUCCCAAAUGCUUGACAGAGCUAAGAAAAUGGCGUUAUGGAUAACUCUGGUUGAACUAGAUCAAGCUCGGCGAAAUGGUACAUUAUCCCCCAGCGAGGAUGAAGAUGACAAUUCGCGCCCAAAAAACACAUCGAGUAUUUCAUCCUCACUGACCUCUGUAUUGGCAACUCCGUCGCCAAGCGAACAUGCCACAUCACCUGAAUCAAUUAGUUCUUCGGAACCAGGCGGUGAUGUUGUUACACCGUCUAAUGAGUCGCCCGGAGCGAUAGUUGGUAUGCUCAAUAGUGAAGGGAAAGAUGCUGGUAUUUUGGAUCUUUGUGAGGAAUUGUUGAGAGAUAUCAAUCGAUUUCAACAGAAUUACGGAAAGAAGGUUGAAGUAUAA